GAAGUUGUGAGCGUAACGUUAGAGGUCUGAAGCGUGUUCAUAUAUGAAUUAGCAUAGACGCGUUAUUUUUGUCAAACGUAAGAAAAGAACUAUGUCAGCCAUCCAAGUAGAUCGCCAAGAAGAAGAAAUGAAGCAGAAAGCCCAGAAAAUGGCCACUCAGGCUAAAAACCCAAUAGAGAAAUUGCGAUACCAGUGCCUGCAGAGAGGAGCAAAAGGAAUUAAAGGGCUAGGAAGAGCCUUUCGGAUAAUGGAUGAUUCUGGGGAUAAGAAAUUGGACUUAGAAGAAUUUAGUAAAGGUCUUCGAGACUUUCAGAUUUCUUUAGAAAAACAUGAAAUUGAAAAGCUGUUCAAUGAUAUAGACAAAGAUGGAAGUGGUCAUCUAAAUUUUGAUGAGUUUCUUAAAGCUCUGAGGGUUACUUUUGAAGAGUUCGUGAACUACUAUUCUGGAGUGAGUGCAUCUAUUGACACAGAUGCCUAUUUUGACCUGAUGAUGAGACACACCUGGAAACUUUAGUUGUGUCAUUCAAACUUUGUAUGUUUUCCCAUUGGCUAGUCAUUAGAAUUGACUUCACAUACACUUGGAAUUUUUAGAAAGCUAUUGCAUUAAAAAUAUAGCAUAAAAUCAAAAGUUCCAAGUUGUAAUUUAAAGCCAUGGACUUAAACUUCAAAGGUAAACAAAGUAAUUGUUAUAUCAGUGAUUGUUCUAUUUUAGUAAUUGCAUUUUUAACAAACAUAUAUGUGCCAACAUCAAAGUUUUCCUUCUUCUGGUGCUAGGGUCUUUUAUCUGAAUUGUUAAUCAUAAACUUGUUAAUGCUAAUAUGUGCUUUUUUAGUGUUUCUUGUUUUUGUUUUUUAAUCAACUCCUGAAGUGCUUUAUCUAUCUGAGGUUAGUUUGCAAAGAAAAAAUAACUCAAAGGUUGAUAACGUCCUUAUACAAAAUUCCUGAAAAGACUGAAAAUGAUACGGUGAAAGUUUUGCAUCUCUAAUAAUUUAAAAAGUUUGCACACACACAUUAUAUUUACAAGUCACUAAAAUACCAAAGAUUUGGAAAAAUAUUGUAUCUUAAGUAAAUACAUAUCUGUAUUUCCAUCUUUCUCGUAUCUUACAAUGAACUGUCCAUUGUUAUUUCUCUCCUACUAAAUUAUAUCAUUCAUCACUGACGUAUGAAAUAUAUGUCAUUAAGAAAUGGACUGGUUUAUAGACUGUACCACAGUGUGUUUCGACAAUGAACUAGUAUCCCCAACUUGUAUUUGGCUUUCAUAGAAAUAAGUGACCCUGUUUCCUAUUUAUUAAAUAUACUUCUAGCAUUUACUUACACAAUAGAAUAGCAUUACAUGUUAUCUCCUAACAGAAGUAUAGUGUAUGAAUAAGUUUUUAGAAUAAACAGUAGGGGAGAACUGGGACACGAUAUAUCAUCUGCUACCUUUGGCUUUGUCAUGAUACAAUUGUCAAAGGUGACCAAUGGUUUUAACUUGAAUUGAAUAGUUUAGGCAAUCCUAAAAUUAGGCAAAUGGUCAUUACUAUUAUAUUAUAUUUCUUUUUGGAAUUAUUACAUAGUUUGCAAGGUGCUUAGUUUUGGGGUGAACUGGGACAUUGCUUUGGGAGAAAUGGAACAUUAACAAAAAAUAUUUCAUGAAAUAUAAUUACUCUAUAUCCAGGUACAUGUAAUUAUUUCAGAAUUGGCUGUUUAUUUCUAAAGGCAUAUUUUUUGAAAGGAACAAGUAUUUCUCAUGUAAUUAUGCCAUUAGGCAAAUGUAAACAGGUUUGGCAUGAGACAUAUCACAAUAAAGAAGUUUAUUGAGCAACAUUAGCUAAAUUAAAAUUUAGGGAACAACUGAAUAUAAAACAAAUGGAUAAGCACAUUUGGCAUUUUGUUACACUUGACUUAACAUAUUAAAUAAUGCUUUUCAGUAAUAUGGUAGCAUGAUAGAACAUACAGGGAAAAUUAUUAAACAGAAGUCUGAGUAAAUAGUCCAAGGCAAUGUCUGUUACACAAAAUGACCAACAGUCUCCUUAGCUUAGCCAUAUCUAACUUAACAUUGUCUGUUAAAAAAACAUGUAGCUGCAAUAAAAUCUUAAUAUUAUAUUUUGCUAUCAUUAACCAUUUCAAUAAAAAUAACUUUGUCAGGAUGUUUGUCAACUGCAACAACUUUUCUUACUUUCAACAAACAUCAAUGUUUCCAAAACUGACUUGAAAGUUCAGUUCAUUUUGUGUACAGGCAGUUGUACCUUUGGCCACUGGUUUUGGCAUGACUAGUUUGAUCUGGUCUUUCCUGACUGUUAGCUUAUCUUGAGCUCUAGGUUUUAAAACGUAUUUGCUACCUUUUGAUGUUUUCUUAAGAAUUCUGCCUGACAGGCACCAUCUUCAUUAAAUUCAGAAAGCACUUCACUCGUGUAAUAAGCUGGUUUUACCCUUUUUCUGUGUUUCCAUUUCAACCAACACAUAAUUGUGGAUCUUAAUGUUGUUGUAAUCAACAUUUCCUAACUGUAAGCUUGCUGUUUGUUCUGUCUCCCUGUCACUGUUAUCUGGCAUAACAUCACUAUCCAUAAAAGAGAUACUGUCAUAAUCAUCAUCAGAAGAUAAACUGGCUUUCCUUGGCUCUAUUGCCAACUGACUCCUAGGGUUCUUAGUCAAGCAAUGUCUUGCCUUUUUUUGCUGCUCUAGAUUGGGCUUCAUCCUUUGUGCGUUUCAUUUCUGGUAUUAAUGUAGCUAUCAUUGUCAUUCCUCUUUCUUGAUCAAAAUUGGAUAAAGAAGUUCUCUGAACAACCUGCAAAAUUUACCAAUACAUGAAAUACUACUGAAACAAUUUUGGAUUUUCUUUUGUGAAAUCAGAUUCAAACUGUUAAAUAAAUAGCAACACGUUACCUUUAGCAAUUCCCAUACUUGUUCAGGUGUAAUGAAGGCAGCAGAACCUAAAGUGGAGUCUGACUAUACAGAUAAAGACAUUUGUGCAUGGACUUCAUCAUUAUGAAGAUCUGCACAACUGGGAUCUGGGUCUGACUGAGCAGAUGAGAAGGUUUGUGGAUGAACUUCAUCAUUGUGUGGAUCUGCUUGACUAGGACCUGGUGAUGAUUGAUCACUCAUCACAUUCACUGGUAAUGAUGUAACAUUUGCUGUCACAGGUAGACCUGGUUCUGCCACAUCUUUAAUAUUGUUACUGGAACAUUGAUGAGUGAUAGGUGAUUAAAAAAAUCGACAUCAGAAAAGACAUGUCUAUAAUAUGGCCAAAUCCCAGAAGCUUUGAAGCCAGCAGUAAUGUUGGCUGGAAUAGCAGCUUUUAUCCAUGCAACAACAAUCAGCUGUGCCAUUUGACAUACUGUAAUGCAUUUGCCAGGGUUUCUUGUCAUCUAGCUGUUUGCCUCAGCAUUAAAGUAGGUCUUCAUUGGGCCCAAAACAGACUGAUCUAGUGGCUGGGUUCUAUGACUUGUGUGUGUGGAGGCAGUGUGAUAACAUGUACUCCAUGGUCCUUUGCAUACUCCAGAGCACCAACAGACAGGUGGCUUUCAUAGUUAUCAUUGACUAGAAUGUCAGGAUUUUCCUUGGAAGAAUGACUGUGUUUAACAAAAUGUUCCAUGACUUUCAUGAAUAGGUCACUGUUCAUCCAACCAGACUCAGACACCAAUACUAAGGAAUCUUCAGAAGCUCCAGUGAGGAAAAUGUCUUUGUAAUUUUUCCUAGGGAAUAUCAGAGCUGGGGGCAGUGCUAUUCCAGUUGCAGAAAUGAUGGCACAAACUGUCACAAGUUCACCUCGUUCAUGCGAUGUCACUUGGCCCACUUGUUUCUGGCCUUUACUGCUUACAACCUUUGGAACCUUCUGCACUGUAGUAAUUCUAGAUUCAUCCAGAUUAUAUAUUCUUCUUCCAACAAUGUUCUUGUCAUUUAUAAUCAUUUCCAAAAGAUUGAAGAAUUCAUUCACUGUAUGUCUACUGAAAGCAGAUGCACACAUCAAUGAUGUUGCAUCAAGAGAAUGGAUUGAGAUAGUUAAAUGUUUGUACUUAAAGCUAGUAAACGAAUCCUUUCCGGCCAUCUUUGUCUCAUUCUAGUUUUUUGGGAUUCUAAAUUUGUUCUUCACAGCUAGUUGUCUCCCUUGGAUAGGAGAAAGACCAUGAAACAUCUUUGAUGCAGUUGUUAGGUAUUCUGCAAUGUUUUUUUCUUCAUUUUCAUUGAACACUUGACUGAGUGUAAUUAGGUGCCAGUAUGAUAUUUGGAUUACUAUUGUAUUUUUUGACAUAUCUUACAAGUACACUUUUUGAUACUCCUUUAUCUUUUGCUACUUGUUGUAUUCAUUUGCCUUUUUGAACAGCUCUCAAUGAUUCUAGCAUGGUAUGUGGCACAAGUCCCUUGCCAGUUUUUCUUUUAUGAUAUCUUGGCAUUUUCAAGCUUUUCUGAAACAAUGAAUAAAUGGUACUAGGGAGAACUGGGACACCCCCAACUAUAAUCUGCCACAAAAUGUUUAGCAGUAUUUUUAACUUGCAAGUAAUUCAUUAAAGAUGCAGGUGUUUUACCAAUGUUUGAUAUGUACCUAGCUUUGCUAAUAGAUACCAGUAGUCACUCUGUUAUCUUAGUCACAAGAAGACAUAGUAUACAUCCAUAAAAUUGACUUUUAACAGGUGAAUAAUAAUGUUUUGAUUGCAAAACUUAUUUUAAGCAUGUGAUUACCACAUUUCUUCUUGUAAAAUGGAUGACCUAGAAGCCUGCACAAUCAUAUUAUCUUUUUUUUUAAUUGGUUAAUAAACCUGAGAAUUAGGGCAGAUGUCCCAGUUCUUCCUGCUCUACCCUAUACUUGAUUGACAUUUGUGUUACAACAUAGUUCUUGUUUUGAGACACAUCCAUGAUGAUGUAAAAACAGACAAGCAAAAUAACCUCAAUUUCUAAACAUUUCAGUUCCUCAAUAUUUGUCUGACUAUAGUUACAGAUUAUGAAACUACAUUACUGUCAAUAUGUUAAGUGCCAAAAAUUUUAAUUUUUAUCAAGAUUCAAAUUUUACAUCUUAUUGUUUUUACUUUGUGCAUUCCAUAUUAUUGGUUUCCUGUGUUUUUGUCACUAUUCAUUGUGGUAAACAAUUUUUGAGUUUGAUUUUAUAUCUUUUAGUUUGCAAAUCUUACAAAUGUUUUUAAGAGCUAUAAAAUAGCUUUUAUAAAGAAAAAUAUAUUUAAUCAUCUAUACACAGUAGCAAAGAAAUUAUUUUUGUCACAAACUGUUUUUAACAACUGGCAAGUUUAUCUACUUUGUAAUUUUUUACAAAACUGAUUAUUAAAAUGUUGAGAAAUAUCAAAUACAAUAUAUUAAGACUUGAAUGAUUAAUUACAUAGUUUGUUUUAUUUAAAAUUUAUAAUGGGUUAUGAUUUAAUGUUUCAGAAAUAAUAAGUGAUUUUUUUUAUGAAAAGGCCUUUUUUAUUUCUUUUGCAGAUUUUAGUAUAAGUUAAAACCUUUUUAAUAAAUGUGAGACUUUAAAUCUUAUGCUUCAGUAAUUUUCCAAAAUCCAUUUUAUCUGUAUGUCUAUUUAUCUGUAACAAGACUUUUAGAAGGACAUCUUCCAAGUCUGUUAAACAUAAAUUUUACUUUGUACUCUUUCUUUGUACUUAAACCUAUUAAUAAAAAAAGAUUGAAACAAGGCA